AUGCCGAUGGACUUGGCCUUACCCCUGUACCUGUCCAAAGAGGAUUUUGUCUACAGGACUCCUCCUAAAUCCUGUAAACCAGCCCUCAGCUCCUGCCUCCGGUUCCAGAACUCUCACCUGGUGGACCAGACCACACCUGAGGACAGCCGGUCCACAGAGGACUCCAGGAAACCCAAAAAGCAUGUGACGUUUGCCGACCACAGAGGACUGUCGCUCACCAAAGUGAAGGUCUUCUCCCAGUUCAACGACCCCAUCGAGAUCCCCUUUAGGAUCCAGGAGAUGUUCAGCUCGGCGCUCUGCUUCACGCCAGAGGAGGAGGACCGGCUGGUUCUGGACUUCGCUCAGCCGUCCUCGGACUACCUGAGCUUCCGUCAGCACCUGGAGAAGAACCUGGUGUGUCUGGAGCACUGCGUGUUGAAGGAGAAGGUGUUGGCAGGGACGGUGAAGGUGAAGAAUGUGUCCUUCGAGAAGUCGGUGAAGCUGCGGGUGACCUUUGACACCUGGAAGAGUCAACAGGACUUGGACUGUGUGUACGUGAAGGACGCGUACCCCAGCGCGUACAGCGACACCUUCUCCUUCAGAGUGUCUCUGCCUGAGCAGCUCCAGGUCAUGGAGCGGGUUGAGUUCGCCAUCCGUUACGAGGUGGGCGGGGCCGAGUACUGGGACAGCAACCAGGGGGACAACUACAGGAUCGUGUGGUCGUCCUUGAAGCGGGACUUCCGGAACGCCUGCAGCCGCCGCCGUACAGACUCCUAUGACUUUGGGAUUCACUUUGAUCGCUACGGCAGCCCCACAUGCUCACACGGGAUCUUCCCUGAUUGGCUGAGUUACGCCGGAUACGAAAACAGCGGGCCGUACUACUGA